CAAUCACACUUCGUGGUUUAAAAGGGAUACGAAUCACACAACGCAAUAAAGGAGGCGGCAUUCGACCCAGCCUGUCAGGGCGAACCUGGGCUGAGAGUUAAACAACGCGACUUAAAGCGGACACCACGAGUUUUGCAUACCUAGGAUUGAUUCAAAUACUAGAUGACAAAUCGGGGAUUUGUGUUGUUUUGUGUCCUCAAGAUGUCGCUCCACACAGGUGUUCUAUUGAUUUUGAUGGUUACGAUCAGUUCCAUACAACCCACAGACUACAGCCGUGAUGCAAAUGUGGAGAUAUCAUCGAGGUGCCAGAAACGGGUCAAACGGUGCGGUCAAUUCAAACCACCGAAGCCAGAGAUGGGUGAAAUGAGUUGCAGCUUCAGUGCUCGAACUUGUGGUUUCGCAUGUGAUCUGAUCUGCCCUACUCCUGAGGGCAAGACUGCUUUGGUGCUUAAUCAGAAGAGACAUGGUAGAGACAUGUACUUGUGCACUGCUGGAAAUUGGAAACGACGAGAGACUCCUCAGACAUUUUGUAAAGCCCAGUGGCCAGUGAAAGAAGUUCGCCAAAACCUUCACCAUGUGGAGAAUCUGAAUGGGUUGGUCAACAAGUUGCUGAACACAAGCUACUUCUAUCUGGGAAUGGCAUCCUUCUAUGAGAGGGCAGAUGUUGCUCUCCCUGGCUUCAGCAAGCUGAUGACAGACUUGUGGUCAGCCGACCAGUCACACGCACGUGACCUCAUGAGCUACGUCAACAAAAGAGGCGGCUACAUCACGCUCUAUGAUAUUCCGCGAACGCCUUCCCAUGAAGUUCUUCUGCUGAAGCUAUCGUCCCGUAUAGGGCAAGCCGGAGUUGAGAUGGCUCUUCAGGCGGCUAGAGAAGUGAAUGAACAAGUCCUAGAACUGCACAAAAAUGCGACACUGCCAGGGGAUUCCAACGACCCUCAUCUGAAGCAUGCUCUAGAGGACGGGCUUCUGUCCAGUAAGGUGGAGCUCAUCAAAAAGUUGGCAGACGUCGACAGAAGACUUCACGCCUUCCCCGAGGAGGACUACGCUGUGGGCGAGUACGUGCUGGACCAGGAGCAGCUUGGUUAACUCUCAGAGGUCGACACGUCUAUUGGCUAGACGGUGCAUUAUUGUUCUUUCUUGCUUCCUCAUUUAUCACAAAUAUCUGCUUGUUUGCAUUACAACCGCGUCCUCAUAAUAUCAAUUUCUUCUUCUCUUAAGAUUUUGGUGGGCACGACACACUUGCAGCUUGAAACCUUUCUGUUUUAUGCUAAAAUGCAAACGUAGAAUACAUUAUAUCAUAAUUUCAAUUAACAACGAUUAGGCCUACGUUUUGAAAAAAAAAGGUAAAGGAGAGGUCCUACCUUUGACAAGCUCGAGGACCAAACAUUGUGUUUGAAAAGAUACGCGAAGAAAAUCAUUUCAAGUCUUCAAAAUUCAAUUAAUCUAAUUUUAAAUAUGGUACACCCCCCACCUUACCCAACCCAAAAAGGCAACACAAAGGUACUGCUACGAUCAGAUAGUGUUAUGAGCAUAAUCUGCAGACCGCAGGCGCGUGUCGGAUCUAAGUCAGUUUCGAGGUGAUAUCGUUUCAAGCAAUGCCAUUCCUUUUUGAUCAUUUAAUAUUUUUCUUUUUUGUUUGUUUGGGUGCUUUGAGCGACCAUCCAAAGGUCAGACUGACUGACUGGCUUCUAUGAUAGUUAACUGUUCGAGGUAGUUUUCUACUAGAAUACUGUGGUGUCAACAAUGUGCUCUACAGUAUGUACCAGUCUUCAGAAAGUAAAGGCUUUGGUUCUUCCUAAUGCGGAAUGGGAAACUACCCUUCGUUACACCCAGGCUUUCAGCAAUAAACUAAAUACUCACACAACUCUA